UCUGACUUUGUCAGAGGAGCUGCUUGUCAGUGCGCGCCCCGGCGGAGUGAUCGCUCUAUAUGUCAUCAGGUAGUUUCUAACUUCCUGCGAAGGUCACAGAGGAACAGUGCGUGUGUCUGUGUGUGUGUGUUUGUUCGCACUGAUGCUGGGACGCUGCUGUUGAUUAAAGCUGUGACUGUCGCUCAGUGGGUGAGUGUGUGUGUGAGUGAGCGAGUGCGCCUCCCGGUCCGUCUCUCUCCGGCUCGACCCAAUGCUUCUGCAUCAGUUGAUGAACGGAGCCCUGGAAGUCAUGCAUCCCACCGCGCUGCAGAAAGACACCACCUUCACCAAGAUCUUCGUCGGCGGGCUGCCGUACCACACCAACGAUUCCUCCCUCAGGAAAUACUUCGAGACCUUCGGGGACAUCGACGAGGCGGUGGUGAUAACGGACAGGCAGACCGGCAAAUCCAGAGGAUACGGCUUUGUGACGAUGACGGACAGGGGAGCGGCCGAGAGAGCCUGUAAGGAUCCCAACCCCAUCAUCGAUGGCAGGAAGGCCAACGUCAACCUGGCCUACCUGGGCGCCAAGCCGCGCAGCAUACAGACGGGCAUAUCCAUCGGAGUGCAGCCCAUUCACCCAGCACUCAUCCAGAGGCAGUAUGGGUUGGCCCAGCAAUAUGUCUACCCACAAGCCUUUAUGCAGCCAAGCCUGAUGCUGCCCAGUCAGGUUUCCAGCGCCGUCAGCAGCAGCCCCUACCUGGACUACAGCUCAGCCUACGCCCAGUACGCCCAGGCCGCCUUUGAGCAGCAGUACCCGUACGCCGCCUCCCCAGCAGGAUUCAUGGGCUACAGCUACACCACCAGCCCCACGGCCUCCGCCGGCCCUGCCACCGCUGCCACAGCCCCGGCCAACCUACACCCGACCCUCCCCUCCGCUGCUGGCCAAGCCCCGGCCUUCCUGCACUACGCCCCGCAGCACCACAUCCAGCCGGAUCGUAUGCAGUGAACUGAAGAGGAAGCUGAGAGGAGAGGGGGUGGUACAGGCGGAGGAGGAGGAGGAGGAGGAGGAGGAGGGAGAGGAGGAAGAGGAGGAGGAAGAGGGAGUUAUGGUCGCUGACGUUUAAACGGACAAUAGUGAAACACCCUACAGGGUGACCUGGCUGUUGUCAGCAGGGGCUUUCAGGAAAAGGGGUAGGACUAUUGCACUAUACGAUCAGGAUGAGCCAUUUGCUCAUUUGUUUAAAGGGUAAGAGGGCGGCUGGGGAUCUGAGGACUGUCGAGGUUCAGGUUGGGAUGCUAAACAGCAUUAAGUAUAUGGUGGCUUCCAAGGGCUUCCAGAAGCUGACACUUCAUUUUUAAUUAUUAUUAUUUUUAUGUUCCUUCAUUAUUGUAUUAUUGUCAUUGUCAUCUUUUUUUGUGUCUAUGCGAUUAUUAUAAAUGUUAUCACAGGUUGUGGCUCAAUCAGUUCUGUGUCAGAUUCAUGGUACUAUUGGCGAGCUGUCUGGUAAAGGAAGUACCGCUUUCCUCCUGGCUGCGUAGUAUCUCGUCUGGAUCUGGAGGUGAGAAGCCUCUCAGCAUCUCUUAAUCAUCCUAUUCUAGUGCAACAUCCACAUUGAGGUGGAGCACUGCCCCACGAACAAGCCUCCAGCGUUCUGCGCCACUCAGGAGGAUGGCGAGAGAUUUCACUUCAAGGAAUAAAUUGCAAGGUUUGGAAUAAGACUGUCGAAGCAACAUUGUUUUGAGAGUUUAAUGUCAGGACUCCCUUUUUCCUAUUAUUAGUUUUAAUUAAAGAGGCCUUAAUAAAAAGAGAACCUUUUUGAAUCUCUCGAUUCCUCAAGCGCUAGCCCCAUCACAGAACCAAGUGUGGAAAGCCCCUUGUAACUGCUAACUGUCCUCAGCAGUCAGUUGCAUUAAUCUUGCCAAUACUUGGGUCUGGAUCAUUGUAGAUGGAUGUAGAUAAUCACAUGCAGUAUGUGGGAGCGCUGUGUAUCGAUGUUGAAAGGUAGCUGACACUGAGCUCAAACACCAGUGUAUUUUUUUCUUUUCUUUUCUCACUGAGAUUGAACUGUUGUUCUCAAAAGGACAUUCAUGUAUAGCAUUUUAAAAUGUUCUCAGUCAUCCAGUACAUUAACAAUAUUUAUAUGUAGGUAUUUAUAAGAGAUACUAAGUUAAAAUAGCUUUUUUUGUUGAUUUGUUACAAUGACUGUAGUUGUGGCACUGAUGCCAUUUAACCUGCAGAUCCACAGGUGUUGUAUUCAUUUUGUUCCCGCCUGUCACCAUGUUGGUGGAUUUGCUGGGGUGCACAGAACUACAGUAGAUGCUCGUUUGUAGAUCCUCGACUGGUUGCAUCAGAAAUUCUCUAGACUUUUUCAAUAAAAAUGUCUUUUACAGUCCCUUCCAAGAAGCCAUACCAAAAAAAUAAAUAAAGAAUUUGUACUUAAA